CGCCCCCCCCCCGACCGGCGGAGAACUUACCAGAGCCAACCGGCAAGUACCCCGAAGAGCCAGAAGGAAGCCCAUGUGGGUCUGAGCGAGCAAGGGAGGGUAAAGUACGCGGAGUAAUGCCAGUAUUAACAGCGAACACAAGGGGUACAGAUAGUCUGAGGAGCCGGUAGCCGUGUGUCAACCGCGUUGAGAAGAGGAGGACUUCCUCCCUGCGUCGCUAUCAGCCGAUAACCAUUAAGAAAGAAAAGACAAGAUGCCUCAGAAACAGAAGUCCAAGUCCUGGGCGGAGCUGAAACAAGCUGGAAAUGAAUGUUUCAAGACGGGCCAGUACGGAGACGCUACCAAUCUCUACAGCCAGGCGAUCAAAGAACUCGAGAAGUCCAGUAAAAAGAACCCAGAGGAUUUGGCCAUUUUGUACUCAAACCGUGCCGCAGCCUACCUGAAAGAUGGCAACUGUGCAGAAUGUGUGAAAGACUGCAACAUGUCUCUGGAGUUGUCCCAGUUCAAUGUCAAGUCUCUGCUGCGUCGUGCCGCUGCCUACGAAGCUCUGGAGCGUUACAGGCUGGCCUACAUCGACUACAAGACCGCCCUGCAGAUCGACUGCAACAUCGCGGCGGCUCAUGACGGCACCAACAGGAUGACGAAGGCGCUCACAGAGGCAGACGGGCUGUCGUGGAGAGAAAAGCUUCCUCCGAUCCCCACCGUCCCUCUUUCUGUUCGAGAGAAACUUACUCAGAAAGCUACAGCCACCUCUCCACAACCGAACCCGACACCGCAACAGAACGGCACCAAACAGACAAACAAACCCGCUCCAAGUGAUAAAGACAUAAAAAAAGGCCAAGUCCUGAAAGAGGAAGGGAACGCCCUGGUGAAGAAAGGAGAACACAAGAAGGCCAUAGAGAAAUACAGCCAGAGCAUCAAACUCAACCCCAGUGAGAUCACAACCUACACCAACCGGGCGCUGUGUUACCUGUCAGUGAAGCAGUACAGAGACGCCAUCAGAGACUGUGACGAAGCUCUGAUGAUUGACAGCAGCAACAUCAAGGCGCUCUACAGGAGAGCUCAGGCUCACAAGGAGCUCAAGGAUAUUAAAACCUGCGUGGACGACCUGAACAACCUGCUCAAAGUGGAUCCAAAGAACUCGGCCGCCCUGAAGCUGCUGCAGGAGGUGCAGAAGAAGAAGUGAGGACGCGUCGGGGACCCUGGAGAGGAUGCAGCGGUGAGGAUCCGUCACUGCACUGCGUACAGACGGAGAGAGAGGAAGACGAAGGAAACAGCUGAGCAGUGAAAACGAUUCAGCCGCUUGUGAUUCAGAGAUCCCGGGGCCUGCGUUUCCCAAAAGCUCCUCCACACCGAGCACACGUUCGAUCCGUUCCACCGUCAAACUGCAACGAAACGUGUGCUCGGCUCCCGAGACGCUUCUGGAAAACGCAGCUCUGGUCGGUGGGAAGUGAGGGUGUGUCAGGAACAGUGUUUUUAUUUCACCAGUUUUAGUGUCACUGAGUAUUUAUGGAUAUUUAAAAGAGCUGAAAUGAUUUAUGAUCUAACUUGAGAAUAAGCUUUUACCAUCACCAUCUGUUAGAGAUCAGCAGGUGGACGCGUCGGUCCAUUCGCUCACUGCCAGCUUCAUUAUUGAAAGUCGAGGCGCAUCGUCAGGAAGCUUUGAGAUGAAGAAUCCAGACAAAACAUUAUACAGAACAUUAGACACCAUCGAUACACUAUAUGUCCCAGAAAUAUAUGAAAUAUAUAGAAAUGACGUUAUCGUCAUUUAAGACCAAUUCUAUGCCACUGAAAUGAAACUAUUGGUUUAAUUAUGCAAGAAAACCUUUUGAAUUGAAAUGUGUAAAAAUGGUCCUGAAUAAAAACAUCAGCCGAAGUCUUUCUGUUCCAAACUGUCCGCUGUAGCCGCGAGUAACAUAACACGAUACCGAGGCUGCACAAUUAAUCACAAUUAUUACUGAAAUUGCAACGUGGCAAAGUGCAAUAAUCAAACCACAGGGCUGAAAUGUUUUCAUGUCCAGAUGUUGGGAAACACGACUGCAUCACGUUACAGUAAAUCAUAUCACAGUUGGAACAUUUCUGAGCCGUAUCAAGCAGCCCCGGUCGAGAAGGUACAAUUAUUUUAAUUAUCAUGACAGUAAUUGUACGACCGAUAUGUUUAACAUGGACAUCCGCCACAGCGCAGCAAAAAUAAUCAGUGUGCACCGUCUGCUCGAGCCGCCCAGGAUCUAAUCAGAGCUGCAACUGUAAUUGAUUCUGCUGCUGAUUUACUUUCUUGAUUGGCCCUCGAGUCAGAAAACAACAUGACAAUGUUCCUGAAACGGUCCAAAACUCAAAAUGUGUUUAAAUUUAUUCUAACACAAAACAAAUAAAAGCAGCAAGAAAUGUGAAAUCCACAUCGACUCGUUACAUCUGCGGUGGUAGAUCAGACCACCUAUCUGAACCGUGGUGAUUGUAAAGGUUUAUUCUGUACUUUUUUGUAUUUACAAGUAAGCAGCCAUUUUCUCACAUGUUUGACACUCAGGUAGUUUAUUUAUCCUGUAUUUGUUUUUUUGUUUUCUGAGUCUUCAAAUGUUUCUCACUGGGUUGAUAUUUCAGUGUUCAUAUCAUUAUGGGACAGAUUCUGGUGGUUACUUUAAAAAAUAUCACACGACUUAAAUAAAGAUUUAAUUAACUUCAUAUAUUAUUAUUUUUUCGGGUGUGUGUGAACGCAGCAUCGGUCUCGAGUCGUUAGUCUUUGUGUUUCUCAGUUUUGAAGCUCCGGCCAACAGAACGUAUCGGUCACAACAGCAGCACCUUCCUGAAAUCCAGACCCUGUUGGAGACAACGUGGCGUGUUCUUACCUUCUCCUGUCUGAAAUGCAUCUGUGUCGCUCCACUGCAUUGUAUUUGUGUUUCGUUCACUACGUUCAAGAGCACUGGUUUCCUUCCUUUUCCAUUUUUACAGACGAAUAUGUGAACCGAGUGAAACUUGUCAAACGGGUCGUCACAGUACUGCCUCAUUCUGUCUUUUUUUUUUUCCUCCUUCAUUUCAUUGUGUUAUUAUGAAACUAGGUGAUGCUGCUGUAGCUUGGCAAUCUCCAUCUUGCCUGAAGUGCCUGUCUUCAUCACUCUGCUGCAAUGUAAAACAUCAGUUUCUGGUUUAAAGACAAAACAACAAAAAUCACACAAACAGUUCAGUUUAAAUUACACAGAGAAAAUAAAAAAAUAAACAGUUUGUGAUAAUCGAGCCGCACGUCUUCAUGUUUGCACGGUCGAGUCACGAGGCUGCAGCAGUGCGACGAUCGCCCGACUGUCUUAGAAACUGAGAUCGUUUGUUUUACCACAUUUGUGUUGUUUUUGUCAACCUGCUUCUGUUUGAACUGCAAAUAAAAGUAAUAAACAGAC